CUUCAGGCUCUCUGGGUAUAAUAACACCAGCGGAAAAGACUUCUGCUGGCGAAAAGACAGAGAAGCAGAGCAGAAUUGUGGAAGUGAAACCCAACACACUUCUAAUGAGGAUGACCAUCAGACUGUUUCUCCUCACCGUCUUCCUUCUCUCUGGACUUCUGACCUGCUAUGGCUUCAGAAUUUGUGCUUUUAAUGUCCAGAGUUUUGGCGAUUCAAAAUCAGCCGAUGCCAAAAUUAUGAACUCUAUAUCACGGAUUGUAGCUCGCUGUGACAUUUGUUUGCUUCAGGAGGUCAGAGAUCAGAAAAAUAAAGCCAUCCCACGACUACUUGAGGCAGUCAACAAAAUUGGUAAUAAUGAUUUUCAGUAUGUGGCAAGUGAACGCCUUGGAAGAACACAGACCUAUCAGGAGCAAUACGUAUUUUUUUACAGGAAAAGCACCGCAACGCUGAAAGGCCAGUAGUAUCCAGAUACACAGACAGGAGAUGUAGAUGCUUUUUCCAGAGAGCCCUUUGUGGUGUAUUUCCAAGCCCCUAAAACAUUGGCUAAAGAGUUCAUCUUAAUCCCACAACACACCACUCCUUCAAAUGCCACCAAGGAGAUCGAUGAACUCUAUGAUGUCUUUGUGGAUGUUAGAGGGCGCUGGGAAACUGAGAAUGUGAUGUUUCUCGGGGACUUCAAUGCAGCUUGUGGUUACGUGGCUAAGAAGAACCGUAAGAACAUCAGACUCUACACUGACCCCUCCUUCACCUGGCUGAUUCAGGAUAACGUAGACACUACAGUCAAACAGUCCACUGACUGUGCAUACGACAGAAUUGUUGUGCAUGGAGAGCCCUUUCUCAGGUCAAUUGAACCAUUUUCAGCGCAGCCGUUUAACUUUCCCAAGGAAUUCCUUCUUACAGAGGCUCAGGCUCUAGAAGUGAGCGAUCACUACCCCAUAGAGGUGGUCCUCAAGGAUGUGAAAUCAAGGAUGUCCACGAGAUACAGUGAAGCUCCUUGUCUUCUGCCUGCUGUGUUUGUCCUGAACGCUUUACUGCUCCUGCAGAUGAUUGUAUGAACUACAAGUGGAUAAUUCAUCUGGCCCAGAUGAUGACUUUACUCUGCUGUUACACAGCUCUAUUGUACUUGAGCUCAGAAUGUGUUGGGAGAGUGACUGAAGAUUAAAUUCUGUGUGUUUUGUGGCUUCUCAAAUAUAAUGAUGAAUUGGCUCAGGUAUGUUAUUUUCAGCAUGAUUGUUUUUGUAUACAAAUAAAAUUUUCUACCGACUAAACUAUUUCUACAUCCCCUACUGGACAUUUUAAAGACUGUUGAUUGAAGUUGAUUUUUAUUGAAGAUAUUUAUAAAUAUUUAGGAAAGUCUUACCAAUGGAUGUAGUAAAAAAAAAAGUGUAAAAAGUAAAAAAAAAAAAAAAAAAAAAAAAAAAAGAACAUUAUGUACAAGUCUCUAUGUUGUUCAAUUUGCCCAGUCAGGAAGUCAGUCAUCCAUGUAGGUUUAAUGUGACAAAACAAAAAUUGUCUGGCGGAAGGAUGUGGCCUGAUAAAGUUGAAAUCAUGAUUUUUUUGGGGGAAGUUUUGUUAUUCAUUUUUAAAUGUUUCAAACAAACUAAACCAAAUGCCAAAGCAAUUCAAAAUAAUUUUUAAUGUACAUUUAAUGUGAUCUGUUAGUAUUUUUAUUUUAAAUAAAAUUAUUUGUCCAAGUCUU